AUGGUUCGACGGCAAGAUUGGAACGUGGCAUUUACCGAAGUCGUGCCUGCCAAGCGUACAAGCCGCAACCGUCCAGCUGGACACUCUGUCCUUCAACCUGUCAAUGUGACGCGCGACGUGUACCGACGUAUGCUCGUCGACAAGGUUAUACCUGCGAUCCGCGAGAAGUGGCCCUCAGCGCCGACGAAGUUGAAGAUCCAGCAAGAUAACGCCAAACCACACGUCCUCCCGAAUGAUGCCGAGGUGGUUGCCGCAUGCAACAAGGAUGGCUGGGCCAUGUCCAUCGUAUGCCAACCGCCGAAUUCACCUGAGUUGAAUGUCUUGGAUCUUGGCUUUUUCCGCGCGAUUCAAUCGCUACAAUCGAAUCAUCAUUCAAGAACCGUGGAAGACAUUGUUGCCGCUACCAUGGAUGCGUGGAAUGUGGUGGAUCCAAGUACAUUGAGUCGGAACUUCAUGACCCUACAAGCCUGCUUCCAAGAAGUCAUUCGAUCAGACAGAAGUAACAACUACAAGAUACCGCAUUUGAAGAAGUCGAUGCUCAUGGCGCAGGGGAAGUUGCCCGAGUGUCUACCGUGCGACCGCUCUGUGUGGGCUGAUGGGUGCUCCAAGCUGAGCUGCGUGGACUUUGACAACCUGAUGAGUACUCUACAGGUGGAAGUGAACGCAAAAUAG